UUGCGAACAGAAGCGAGAAUGUUUAUGACCACGUUUUUUUUUUAACUGAAUCGGAAUAACACAGUAGCACUUUUUGCAUACAUUAUUAUAUUGUUGUUUGGAAAAUGCUUCUAUUUUGUCCAACAUGUGGAAAUGUGCUGAUCGUGGAGGAGGGUCAAAGAUGCUACAGAUUUGCUUGCAAUACAUGCCCAUAUGUUCACAACAUCACGAGAAAGGUCAAUAAUAGAAAGUACCCCAAACUGAAAGAGGUUGAUGAUGUUCUCGGGGGCUCAGCUGCUUGGGAAAACGUGGACUCUACACCAGAACCUUGUCCAAAAUGCGAGCACCCAAGGGCCUAUUUUAUGCAGAUACAAACCAGAUCAGCUGAUGAACCUAUGACAACUUUCUACAAAUGCUGCAACCUACAAUGUGGGAAUCGGUGGAGAGACUAAAUCAGGCCUCUGAUUUCUUUCUUUUUUUUUCACAUUUUGGCUCAGAGUAAAUGCUCACAAUGGAAUCUACCCUGCUGUUUUCAUAUAUAAGAUUCUAUAUUUAUUUUGGAGGGAGUUAGAUAUUGUGACAACAUGUGGAUUAGGAAAAUAAGAUGUAUUUACACAUGAAUACUUGCCUACUUCCUCACUAGUAUGUAUACA